AUGAAUGUGCGCAGUGUCAGGCUCGGGCUUGCUUUGCAGAUGGGCUUCUGGAGCCUAGCUGAGCAAGGGUCCAGCCCCGGCAGCCGGAGGAACCUGCGUUCUUCCCACACCUGCAACCCCAGCGGCACUGAGAGGCUUCCAGAGACAGGCGAAAUAGCCACACGCCUGGAUGCCAACAAGCCAGAGCUGCAGAGGUUGGUGUGUGAGCUUUGUGAGCCAAGGCAGGCCUACACAGAAGUAACCAUAUCUAAGGGACCUGCAGUUGGCAUAGAUCUUGGCACCACCUACUCUUGCAUGGGUGUCUUCCAGCAUGGCAAAGUAGAGAUAAUUGCCAACGAUCAGGGGAACAGAACCACUCCAAGCUAUGUCACCUUUACUGACACCGAACGACUGAUCGGUGAUGCUGCAAAAAAUCAGGUUGCAAUGAACCCCACCAACACAGUUUUUGAUGCCAAGUGUCUGAUUGGACCCAGGCAUGAUGCUGUUGUCCAGUCUGACAUGAAGCACUGGCCCUUCAUGGUGGUGAAUGACGCAGGCAGGCCCAAGGUGCAAGUAGGAUACAAAGGAGAGACCAAAAGUUUUUACCCAGAGGAGGUGUCAUCUAUGGUUCUGACCAAGAUGAAGGAAAUUGCAGAAGCUUACCUUGGGAAGACUGUUACCAAUGCUGUGGUUACUGUGCCAGCUUAUUUCAACGACUCUCAGCGUCAAGCUACCACAGAUGCUGGGACUAUCACUGGUCUCAAUGUGCUUAGGAUCAUCAACGAGCCGACUGCUGCCACCAUUGCCUACGGUCUAGACAAAAAGGUUGGAGCUUAAAGAAACGUGCUGAUCUUUGACUUGGGAGGUGGCACUUUUGAUGUGUCCAUCCUCACUAUUGAGGAUGGGAUUUUUGAGGUCAAAUCUACAGCUGGAGAUACACACUUGGGCGGAGAAGACUUCGACAAUCGCAUGGUCAACCAUUUCAUCGCCAAGUUUAAGCGCAGGCAUAAGAAGGACAUCAGUGAGAACAAGAGAGCUGUCCGCCACCUUCGCACUGCUUGGGAACAGGCUAAAUGCACCCACUCCUCCAGCACCCAGGCCAAUAUUGAGAUCAACUCCCUCUAUGAAGGAAUCGACUUCUAUACCUCCAUUACCCGUGCCCAAUUUGAAGAGUUGAAUGCAGACCUGUUCCAUGGGACCCUGGACCCUGUAGAAAAAGCCCUUCGGGAUGCCAAACUAGACAAGUCACAGAUCCAUGACAUUGUCCUGGUGGGUGGCUCUGACAAGCAGAAGAUUCUUGACAAGUGCAAUGAAAUCAUCAACUGGCUUAACAAGAACCAGACUGCAGAGAAAGAAGAGUUUGAGCAUCAGCAGAAGGAGCUGGAGAAAGUCUGCAACCCCAUCAUCACCAAGCUGUACCAGAGUGCAGGGGGCAUGCCAGGGGGGAUGCCUGAGGGCAUGCCAGGGGGCUUUCCCGGAGGGGGUGCUCCUCCAUCUGGCGGCGCUUCUUCAGGACCCACCAUUGAAGAAGUUGAUUAA